CAUCCGAAUAGUUUCGGGAGUAAACAGCUAGGAAAUUCACGAAUAUUGACUAUGAUGAUUAGCGUCCGGCGAGUAUAAGUAUGAGUUGCGGCUGCUGUGGGUUGGUCAUCCACGAAACAUGGAGCCAUCAGUCGCUAAGCUAAUUAAUAUCUUUUGUGUCUUGGCCAUGGCUGUCUGGCUGCCUUCACUUGAAGGCUUAGCCAAUAGUAAUGGUAAUAAUGCAGAGAUGAAUGUCACAGAAACAAACAGUGUUUUGGGGGGCUCUGUAGGCGCCAUCUUGGAUUACAGUUCUCGCAUUGGCAAAGAAGAGAAAGUGGCUAUGGAAAUGGCAAGAGAAGAUUUCUACAGCCGCACCAAUAGGAGCAUCAUUCUGCAACUGGAGAACUCCCAUGGUGAUCCCAUCCAGGCUGCUCUUGCAGCCACACAUCUUAUCAAUACACAAAAUGUGGAGGCCAUUUUGGGGCCAAGAACAUGGGAAGAAGCAUCGCUAGUUGCAGAGAUUGGUAGCAUCUCUCAUGUCCCUAUUCUUUCUUUCGUUGAUUCUCCACCAUGGGCAACAAUGAAGUGGCCUUUUCUCAUUCAAGCCUACCCAAGCCAACAUGCUCAAAUGAGGGCUGUGGCAUCUAUUAUCCAAUCCUGGGGAUGGCAAAGAGUUGUUGUCAUAUAUGAAGACAAUGAUUCUUCAACUAAUGGACUCAUUCCAUAUCUGCACCAAUCACUACUAGAAGUAGGUGCACAAAUAAGCCAAUUUGUUGCAGUUCCACCUUUUGCCUCAUCUUCACUAUCUCAAGAGCUUGAUAAGCUUAAAAGUGGGCAAUGUAGAGUCUUUGUGGUUCACACAUCCCUGGCGCUGGCCAUCCAGCUAUUCGAGAAGGCAACCAAGACGGGGAUGAUGGAACAGGGCUACGUGUGGAUCACCACAGAUGCCAUAACAAAUCUUGUUCAUGUCAUUAAUUCCACUGGCAUCUCUUCGAUGCAAGGAGUUCUAGGGGUCAGGAGCUACUUCUCAGAAACCAGGCCAAGUUUCCACGAUUUCUCUACAAGAUUUAUGAGGAAAUUUAGAACAGAGAACCCUGAGGAGAAUAACUAUGAACCUGGGAUUUUCGCGCUGCAGGCGUAUGAUGCCACGAUGGCAGUGGCUAUGGCAAUGAUAGAAGGCAAGGUCAAAGGCCAAAAAUUGAUGGACAAGAUACUGCCAAGUGAUUUUGAUGGCUUAACUGGUAAAGUUUCAUUCAGUGGGCGAAAACUACCUCCAGCAUCUUCAUUUCAGAUCAUCAAUAUAUUUGGAAAGGGUUACAAAGAACACGGAUUCUGGUCGGAUAAUGGCUUAGGUUUCUCUAGGACUACUGAUAAAGGAGCAACUUACAAUAAUUCCAUGGAGAAUUUGGGGCACGUAUAUUGGCCUGGUGAACCUAGUUCCACUCCAAAAGGAUGGGCGCUACCAACAAACUCCAGUAAAUUGAGAAUUGGAGUGGCUAAUGGAACCAUGUUCAACCUCUUUGUCACGAUCUCAUAUGAUCCAAGCACAAACAACUAUACUUUCAGUGGAUUUUCAGUAGAGGUCUUCAGAGCUGCAAUCGAAAAUUUGCCAUAUGAUUUGCCUUAUGAUCUCAUUCCCUUCACGAGAACAUUCGAUGAUUUAGUUGAACAGGUCCAUUUAAAGCACUUUGAUGCAGCAGUAGGUAGUAUAGCAAUCACGGCCACGCGUUACCAAAAAGUAGACUUCUCACAGCCACACACAGACGCUGCCAUGGUGAUGAUAGUCCCCGUUCAAUCACAUAGGCACGAUAAAGCCAUGUUGUUCCUGAAGCCCUUCACAACAGCCAUGUGGGUUCUCACUGUCUUGGUAAAUCUGUAUAAUGGAUUUGUUGUAUGGAUUAUAGAGCGUGACCAUUCCACUGAACUUAGAGGCACAGCCGUAAACCAAACAGGGACCUUAAUUUGGCUGGCUUUUGCUACACUCUUCUCUUUGAAUGGGGAGAAACUACACAGUAACUUAUCAAGGAUGGCCACAGUGGUGUGGCUAUUCGUGGCAUUGGUGGUGGCACAAAGUUACACGGCUAAUCUCACCAGCAUGUUGACCGUGAGGCAGAUGGAACCGACGGUGGCCAAUAUUGAGACAUUGAAGUAUAACCACGCGAUGGUUGGAUUCGCCAGGAAGUCCUUUGUUAAGAACUAUUUGGUUGAGGUUCUGAAGUUUAGUCCAAUUCGUGUGAGGAACUAUACUUCACCGGAAGACGUUGCUCAAGCACUUAGGAGCAAAGAGAUCGCAGCUGCUUUUCUUGAAGCUCCUUGGGCCACACUGUUCCUCGAUAAAUACUGCAAGAGCUUUAUGGCUGCUGGCCCAACGUACAAAGUUGGAGGAUAUGCAUUUGCAUUCCCCAAGGGCUCUCCUUUUCUGUCGGACAUAAAUGCAGCACUGACACAGGUAAUUGAUAGUGGUACACUUCGUGAACUAGAGAACAAAUCAAGAACCUCCGAGAGGUGCGUGGAUGUGGACUCAGAAGACAAAGACGUCAGUCUUAGCCUUAGCAGCUUUUGGGUUCUUUUUGUGUUAACAGGAGCGACUUCAACGGUUGCUCUUGUGAUGUAUGUGAUCCUCGGGGAGAAGAAACCGGAGGAUCCAAUGGAUGAACACACGACAACUUGGAUCCUAAUAUUCACUGUGAUCAAAUAUUGGUGGGUUAGCAAGAAAAAGCAACUAUCUAGAAGGGUUGGUGAUGUAGAGAGCCAGCAAUCUAUGCCGCCUCCACACCCGAGGGGGGAGUCCUAGUCCAGUUUAGGCUUUCAAUUGUAUGGCCUCUAACUAGAACUUGAAGAGCGCUGCAACUUCUGUUGUUACAUGUAUAAACUGUAAAUAAUCAAAAGAUAUAUGUGAGUGUAGGACUAUGGUUUUGUAGAUGAGAUCAAGGCCCUCUAAAACUAAUAUAUUGUAUAAAGCUGCUUGAUAAUGAAUCUAAACAGAGAGAUAGGAACAAAAUAUUUUGGAACAUACUUAUCCACGGUUUAUUGUAGUGAUUCUAUUUUCUUUUUUCAAAACAUUUCAAGAGAACCAUCAUGC